AUGUCAACCCUCACACCUGCCAUGGACUCCCCUAUUGCCAUGCCAGAAACGAAGAAACGGCCGCGGCGAGGUCGCAAGGCAAACAAGCCCGAUAUCAAGCCCAAGAAAGGCUUAUUGCUGGACGAACUAGGUGAUACGCUCGUAAACCAGCUUUGUGCUCCUCCGAAACUCGAUGACCCUCUCAACGUUUCGUGCGGGUCGGUCGCCGACCACCUGCGCAGCAAUCUCACAGCAGCCCUGACAACACCCUCGUGUACCAGCUCGAGUAGCAGCAGCCGCACCCUGACGGGAUUCGACACCACGCCGCCCACGAGCUUGGACAGUCGCGAGAUCCCCGAGCUGCCCAGUUCGACUUCACUCACUCAGGCCAAGCAUUCUCCAGCCAGUGACGGUUCUUCCCAUACCAAGUACGUCGACUCAGAGCAUGCAAGCGUGUUCAGCCUAGACGACUUCUCCACGAUGACCGCCAUCGAGGGUCUCGCCGCACACUACGGUCGGGUGGCGCACAUGGGCAUUCUUGACCGCAGCUACCGGUUCUUCGUGAACAAGAAACGCACUGCCGCACUGUCGUUCAAAGUGCAAAACGGCGUGGCGAUCGUGGGUGGCGACCCGCUCUGCGAGCCCGAUGCCGUCGCCGGGCUCUUAGCCGAGUUCGCCGCAUACCGACGACGACACCUGUGGGGAAUUGCAUUCAUGGGUGCGAGCGAGUCCUUUGUGCGCGACGUCGCUCAACCCCAGGGCUGGACGACCAUCCGCUUCGGCACAGAGCGAGUGCUCGACCCGCAGACAAACGAGGUAUUGCUCGAGCGUGGCGGGAAACGCAUCGCCGUGCAGAACCGCCAGUUGCUGCACCCUGACAAGGGCGGCAUCUCGCUCGGCGUCUAUGCGCCCACCAUCCACGGCACCGACCCGCAGCUGCAGGCCGAUCUAGUCGCCAUCUACGACGCCUGGCGCACCGAGCGCAACUGCUCUGCCUCCCCGCAGGCCUUCAUCACCGUCUAUGACCCCUUCGCCCUCCCCGCCCUCAUGACCUUUGUAUAUACUCGUGGCCCGGACGGCCAGGUCAAUGGUUUGGCGGCGCUGCGUCGUCUCGCCGGCGCCGGCUACCACGUCGAUCCCUGCAUCGCCGCCCCGGGCAGCCCCAAGGGAAUCAGCGAUCUGCUGCUCGUCGCGGCGAUGGCGCUCCUGAACCGCACCGGCGUCUCAUAUCUGGGUUUCGGCUUCGAGCCGCUGCAAGUACUGGCUGCCACUGAUACCUCUGGCAUGCCGGGUCCAUUGGCCAACCUCACGAGUGACCUGUACGCCCAUGCGUUCCGCCGUCUCCCCAUUCGGGGUAAGAAGGCGUACCACGACAAAUUCCGUCCGGAUCCCGCCCAGGACUCGGGUCUUUAUAUUGUCUUUCCUGGUGGAUUCCCUGGUCCGCGUCAUCUGCUAGCAAUGGCGCAUAUUGCCAAUAUUAGCUUGCGCAAGGUCUUCUGGACGGAUGUUCGCUCUUGGGCGUUGCGUCGCAAAGCCCAAGCUUCGACGGAGGGCACUGCGGACCCGCCAGAUCGCAAAGAUCAGACAUCUGCAAGCUGA